AUGCAUCACUCAAAAUACUUUAUCGUUCUGAUCACGUGUCUAAUGAUGCGGCGUGACGUCAUUUGCAACAAAAAAAGCCAACAACAACAACAAAGGCAACGAGCAGACGGCACGAAUGUAAUAAAUAACAACACUGCCGAAGUGAACAAGCAUGAGAGUCUGAAGAAGAACCAGCAACAACCCGUCUGCACUGUCAGAGUCGGUGCGUGUGCUAAAGAGACCUUGAAGCUUAUGGCCUUCCAUAAGCUUCAAGGCGGUUUAGAUAUUCCAACUUUCAAAGUGAUAUCAGAACAACUUAGGAUGUCAACAUUUUUUUCGAUGAGAAACAGCAGUCAUGAGUUUAUUAUUUAUAUAUGGUCCGACACAAACGAUAAAAAUAUAAAAGUUGAUGAUUUCAUAAAAAUAAACGAUCGCCGACAAGCGCUAUGUAAAUUGUUAAAAACUGAACAUUUAAACAAAGCCAACAAAUAUUUCUUCUUAUUUCUUUUCAUGGGAGGUAUCCACGCUUGGGUUCAUCUCCGAUCUCAAUGA